AGCAGGGCAGCAAUGCUGAACAAGUUCCUGGGGCCAUGCUACAAGGAGCUGGUCAAGUACUGGCUUCCCACAGCAGGCACAUGGGGUGCUGUUGGUGCCGUGGGGCUGGUUUGGGCCACUGACUGGCGUCUGAUUCUGGAUUGGGUAGCAUACAUCAAUGGCAAAUUUAAGAAGGACAAUUAAGCUAUCUUUUCAAUCUUAUGGUCUAGGGAUAGAAGACUUUUUGGGGACUGCUCUUCUCGGGGAAUCCUGAUCGGACACAAAUGUGAAAUGCUCAGAAUGGACUCCAAGGACCUUGAUGUCUUUCAGUGAGCAACUUUGAUGUAUACUUGUAUCGGGAUAAUUAAACCUCCCUCUGAAACAUGCUGGCUGCUUAGGUGUUGAGCGCAGGAAUAAUGAUCACAACAGGUUGCAUUAUGCCGGAUUUCACAGUGACAUGGAAUUAAAAACAACCUUCAAGGUCAAAAAAAAAAA